AUGGCGGCCUCCUUCGGGCCCCUACACUGCGGUGUCCCCAGGCCCACGGCCUGGCCGGCGAAGGGCUUCGGGGGCCUCGCUGCCGGCAGCAGGAGGGCCAGGGGUGUCCUGCUGUGUGCUGCUGGCGUGUCAGGGGCAUGCGUUGGGUCACCGCAGCGAGAGUCGGGUCCCAGCCCUCAGGGGUACUGCGGUGGUCUGCUCGGCCUGAAGGGAAGCUAUGCCCCUUGGUGCCCCGCCUGCCAGAACCUGCAGCCCGAGUGGGAGAAGUUCGCCGAGUGGGGCGAGGACCUGGAAGUGAACAUUGCCAAGGUGGAUGUCACGGAGCAGCCGGGAUUAAGCGGACGAUUUAUCAUAACAGCUCUUCCUACCAUCUAUCACUGUAAAGAUGGAGAGUUUAGGAGAUACCAGGGUGCAAGAACUAAAACUGAUUUCAUAAAUUUCAUCAGUGACCAGGAAUGGAAAUCUAUUGAGCCGGUUUCAUCAUGGUUUGGCCCUUCCUCUUUCCUGAUGAGCAGUAUGUCAGCUUUGUUUCAGUUGUCGAUGUGGAUCAGGCACUGCCAUGGUUAUUUAACAGAAAAUGUUGGAAUACCCGUCUGGGGCUCAUACGCUGUUUUUGCAUUGGCGACUCUAUUCUCGGGACUGAUACUGGGACUUAUAAUGGUGUUCUUAGCAGACUGUAUCUGUCCAUCCAAAAGGCACAGACCGCCACAGUACCCUCAUUCAAGAAAGCUAGCUCCAGAGUCAGCUCAGCUGUUGAAAAAGCUGGAUGAAGAGCAAGAAGCAGAUGAGGAAGAUAUCUCAGAUGAUGAAACGGAGGGUAAAGACGUGUCGAACAGAAACUCGUCACCGAAUUCUGUAAGGCAGCGCCCAGUGAACACUGCUGCUACAAUGGAUAAAUCUUAGCUUUAUUUGCAUGCAGGAUUAGUGCUUGAGUCACCAACUCAAAAGGAGCUAAAUGUCAAAUCCUUCAGCUUGAAGAGAAGAAUGACUCCUGUCAUGGUAAUAUUGAUGCAUUUCACAAAUUCAGAGGGGGGG